AUGUAUAGGGCAGGUUCGCUCAGGGCAGUGGCAGAAGAAAUCUCAGAAUAUAAGAUAGGUUUAGCGGGAGUACAGGAGGUCAGAUGGGACAGAGGUGACACCAAACCAGCAGAGGCGGAGGAUAUCAUCACCUCUCCGCCUGAACGAGACCCCUACACCACUCUGAGGACCGAGCUUGUGAGGCGGCUAUCCCAGUCAACAGAGCAACGCAUCCGGCAGCUCCUCACGGUCGAGAAAAUUGGCGACCGUAAGCCGUUCCAGUUCCUGAGAUACUUCAAGGGUCUCGAACCAGACGUGUCUGAUAACGUCAUCCGAAGCGUCUGGGCCAGCCGGCUACCCCGCAACGUACAGAGCUUCCUCGCCGGCCAGAACGAGAGCAACUUGGAGGUCGCAGCCCUCUGUGCGGACCGCGUCUCCCAGGUCGAAAUCCAGCUGGCGCUCACUAGCGUUAGUCAACCUACGGACAAUACCGCACUUCGGCAGGAGGUCGCUGACCUCUCCCGCCAAGUGGCUGCACUUAGCGCCGGACAGGACCGCCUCCACGCCCGCUUCAAUGAGCUCGACCCCAACCGGAGAGACCGAUGUCCCAGUUCCAAGGAUUCCCGCCCCGCCUUCAACAGCCCCCAGCCGGGCAGCAGAUCCCCCUCCCGUGGCGACACCACAUCCUACCUGCUGGUACCAUCGCCGCUUCGGCGCUCGGGCGCAAAAUUGUACUUCGCCCUGCUCCUGCCGCCAGCAGGGAAACUGACGCAGCAGACAUCACCGGCGGCACAUGUCUGCGCUACGACAACAGGCCGCCUCUUCAUAACGAACAAAGUCAGUAAACGGCAGUUCCUGGUCGACACGGGUUCAGACCUCUGUGUAUACCCCCGCAGGCUCGUUCCUCGACGCAAGGAACGUACCAACUAUGACCUGUGUGCAGCUAAUGGCACUACCAUCCACACAUACGGAUGGCUACCUCUCAGCCUCAACUUGGGCCUAUGCCGAGACUUCACGUGGCCGUUCGUGGUGGCCUACGUCACGCAUCCUAUAAUCGGCGUGGACUUCCUAUCGCAUUUCGGUCUCCUGUGGACUGUCUGA